AGCUGUAGCUGGCAGUCAGUCGUACGUGCUCCCGUGUCUUCAGUGCCCGCCGCUGCCGUCGAGUUCGCGUCGGUUCUCCCGGGCUCUUCUGAGCUGCCCACUCUACCGCACGCGCCGCCGCCGUCAUCCGCCACCAUGGUGAAGCUCGCAAAGGCCGGCAAAACCCACGGUGAAUCCAAGAAAAUGGCUCCUCCCCCAAAGGAAGUGGAAGAAGAUAGUGAGGAUGAAGAAAUGUCAGAAGAUGAAGAAGAUGACAGCAGUGGAGAAGAGGAGGUUGUCAUCCCUCAGAAAAAAGGCAAGAAGGCUACAACUCCAGCAAAGAAGGUAGUUGUUUUACAAACAAAAAAGGUUGCAGUUCCCACACCAGCUAAGAAAGCUGCUGUUACCCCAGGUAAAAAGGCAGCAGCCACACCAGCCAAGAAGGCAGUCACACCAGCCAAAGCAGUUGCAACACCUGGUAAGAAGGGAAUCGCACAAGGAAAAGCAUUGGUAGCAGCCUCUGGUAAAAAGGGAGCUGUCACACCAGCCAAGGGCGCUAAGAAUGGUAAGAAUGCGAAGAAGGAAGAGAGUGAUGAAGAUGAGGACGAUGACGAGGACAAUGACGACAGUGAUGAGGAUGAAGAUGAGGAAGAAGAGGAUGAAUUUGAACCUCCAGUAGUGAAAGGAGGGAAGCCAGCAAAAGUAGCUGCUGCUGCUCCUGCUUCAGAGGAUGAAGAUGAGGAAGAUGAUGAGGACGAUGAUGAUGAUGAAGAAGAAGAAGAUGAUGACUCUGAGGAAGAAGCUAUGGAGAUCACAUCUGCUAAAGGAAAGAAAGCUCCUGCAAAAGUUGUUCCUGUGAAAACCAAGGCUGUGGCUGAAGAGGAUGAUGAGGAUGAUGAAGAUGAUGAGGAUGAUGAUGAAGAGGAGGAAGAUGAAGAAGAGGAUGAUGAAGAUGAAGAAGAGGAGGAAGAGCCUGUUAAAGUAGCACCUGGAAAAAGGAAGAGAAUGACCAAGCAGAAAGAAGUCCCCGAAGCCAAGAAACAGAAAGUAGUGGAAGGCUCGGAAUCAACAACACCUUACAAUCUCUUCAUUGGAAACCUUAAUCCAAACAAGUCUGUUGCAGAAUUAAAAGAUGCCAUCAGUGAACUUUUUGCUAAAAAUGAUCUUGCUGUUGUGGAUGUCAGAACUGGUACAAAUAGGAAAUUUGGCUAUGUGGACUUUGAAUCUGCUGAAGACCAAGAAAAGGCCUUGGAACUCACUGGUUUAAAAGUGUUUGGCAAUGAAAUUAAACUAGAAAAACCAAAAGGAAGAGAUAGUAAGAAAGUUCGAGCUGCAAGAACACUUUUAGCAAAAAACCUUUCAUUCAACAUCACUGAGGAUGAUCUAAAAGAAGCAUUUGAAGAUGCUGUGGAGAUCAGAAUGGUUACCCAAGAUGGGAGUUGUAAAGGGAUUGCUUACAUUGAAUUUAAGUCUGAAGCUGAUGCACAGAAAAACCUUGAAGAGAAGCAGGGGACAGAAAUUGAUGGGCGAUCUGUUUCACUCUACUACACUGGGGAGAAAGGACAACAAAGGCAAGAAAGACCUGGAAAGAAUAGCACUUGGAGUGGUGAAUCAAAAACUUUGGUUUUAAGUAACCUUUCCUACAGUGCAACAGAAGAAACUCUUCAGGAGGUAUUUGAGAAAGCAACUUUUAUCAAAGUGCCCCAGAACCAACAAGGCAAAUCUAAAGGGUAUGCAUUUAUAGAAUUUGCUUCAUUUGAAGAUGCUAAAGAAGCUUUAAGCUCCUGUAAUAAAAUGGAAAUCGAGGGCAGAACAAUCAGGCUGGAGUUACAAGGACCCAGGGGAUCAGCUAAUGCAAGAAGUCAGCCAUCCAAAACUCUGUUUGUCAAAGGUCUUUCUGAAGAUACCACUGAGGAGACCUUAAAAGAAUCAUUUGAGGGCUCUGUUCGUGCAAGAAUCGUUACAGAUCGGGAAACAGGUUCCUCUAAAGGGUUUGGUUUUGUAGAUUUCAAUAGUGAGGAAGAUGCCAAAGCUGCCAAGGAGGCCAUGGAAGAUGGAGAAAUUGAUGGAAACAAAGUUACUUUGGACUGGGCCAAACCUAAGGGUGAGGGUGGCUUUGGUGGCCGAGGAGGAGGCAGAGGAGGUUUCGGAGGCCGCGGUGGUGGCAGAGGAGGAAGAAGCGGAUUUGGCGGCAGAGGAGGCCGGGGAGGCUUUGGAGGUCGAGGAGGCUUCCGAGGUGGCAGAGGAGGAGGAGGGGGAGACUUCAAGCCACAAGGAAAGAAGACGAAGUUUGAAUAAUUCCUUCCAUCCUAAUAUUUCCCGAUUCAUUUUAAAGAAAGGACUCUGGGGUUUUACACUGUUACCUGCUAAAAAUGACAGAGCCUUUUAAGGACAUUUCCAGAGGUUUUUUUUCCUACAGUCUUUUUUUUCUUUUUGCGUUGGGGUUGUAAAAGAAUGUUUAU